AUGUCAAAGCUGUCCAACGGUACCAAUGGUGCCCUCACAAAUGGGCACCCGAGCUCCUGGCAGGCUAAGCACAACCUCCCAUCCCACUUUAUCGGCGGUAAUCACCUUGAUGCAGCUCCAGCGAGCGCCGUCAAAGACUUUGUACAAGAGUAUGAUGGUCACUCAGUUAUAACAUCGGUGCUCAUCGCCAAUAAUGGCAUUGCAGCCGUUAAAGAAAUCAGAUCUGUACGCAAAUGGGCAUACCAGAUGUUUGGCGACGAGCGAGCCAUUCAGUUCACUGUGAUGGCGACGCCCGAAGAUCUACAAGCGAAUGCGGACUACAUUCGAAUGGCAGACAAAUAUGUUGAGGUCCCAGGCGGGACAAAUAACAACAACUAUGCCAACGUCGAGCUGAUAGUCGAUAUUGCCGAGCGCAUGGAUGUCCAUGCCGUAUGGGCUGGCUGGGGACAUGCCUCAGAGAACCCAAAGCUUCCGGAGUCUCUGGCCGCUUCCCAGAAAAAGAUUAUCUUCAUCGGCCCUCCAGGCUCUGCCAUGAGAUCGUUGGGUGAUAAAAUCUCGUCUACAAUCGUUGCUCAGCAUGCGAAAGUCCCCUGCAUUCCGUGGUCAGGGGAAGGCGUGGAUCAGGUGAAGAUUGACAAGGACGGGAUUGUCGCUGUGGAAGAUGAUAUCUACGACAAAGGAUGUACACACUCGCCACAAGAAGGCUUGGAAGCGGCUCGAAAGAUUGGCUUUCCAGUCAUGGUGAAGGCCUCAGAAGGUGGUGGUGGAAAAGGCAUUCGAAAAGUCGAGUCCGAGGAGAACUUCGUCAAUCUCUACAACGCCGCGGCCAGUGAAAUUCCGGGCUCGCCUAUCUUCAUAAUGAAGCUGGCUGGAAAUGCCAGACAUUUAGAAGUGCAGCUCCUUGCUGACCAGUAUGGUAACAAUAUUUCACUCUUCGGCAGAGAUUGCUCUGUCCAAAGAAGACAUCAAAAGAUCAUCGAAGAAGCUCCAGUCACGGUCGCCAAGCCGGAGACCUUCAAGGCCAUGGAGAAGGCGGCCGUGAGUCUCGGAAAGCUCGUCGGUUACGUGUCGGCUGGAACUGUUGAGUACCUCUACUCCCACGCCGACGACAAGUUCUACUUUCUGGAACUGAACCCUAGAUUGCAAGUCGAGCAUCCUACCACCGAAAUGGUGAGCGGUGUCAACUUGCCGGCCGCUCAACUCCAGAUUGCUAUGGGCAUCCCUCUCCAUCGCAUCCGUGACAUUCGCUUGUUGUACGGCGUGGACCCGCAUACUUCCACCGAAAUCGAUUUCCAUUUCACAUCCGAGGGCAGUCUCAAGACACAAAGACGACCGCAGCCACAAGGUCACACCACUGCUUGCCGUAUCACCUCCGAAGACCCAGGCGAAGGCUUCAAACCUUCUGGUGGUACCUUGCAUGACUUGAACUUUAGGUCCAGCUCCAACGUCUGGGGCUACUUCUCCGUUGGCAGUUCUGGUGGUAUUCACAGCUUCUCGGACAGUCAAUUCGGCCAUAUAUUCGCCUAUGGCGAAAACCGAUCGGCAUCGAGGAAACACAUGAUCGUGGCACUGAAAGAGCUAAGCAUUCGCGGUGAUUUCAGAACGACCGUUGAAUAUCUUAUCAAGCUGCUUGAGACUCCGGCUUUCGAAGAGAAUACCAUCACUACUGGCUGGCUAGAUGAGCUCAUCUCCAACAAGCUUACAGCAGAGCGACCAGACCCAAUGUUGGCUGUAGUUUGUGGUGCGGUAACCAGGGCACACAUCGCAAGCGAAGCCUGUAUCGCCGAGUACCGGAAAGGUCUCGAAAAGGGCCAGGUCCCGCCAAAGGAAGUUUUGAAGACCGUCUUCCCUGUGGAUUUCAUCUAUGAAGGCUACCGCUACAAAUUUACGGCUACAAGGUCAAGUCUUGACAGCUACCUCCUUUUCAUCAAUGGCUCGAAGUGCUCCGUUGGCGUCCGAGCACUGGCGGAUGGUGGACUACUGGUCUUGCUGGCGGGACGGUCACACAAUGUCUACUGGAAGGAAGAGACUGCCGCUACACGUCUCAGCGUGGACGGUAAGACCUGUCUGCUUGAACAGGAAAACGACCCAACCCAACUCCGCACUCCUUCUCCUGGUAAGCUUGUCAAGUUUACUGUCGAGAAUGGUGAACAUGUUCGAGCUGGGCAGGCUUUUGCCGAGGUCGAGGUUAUGAAAAUGUACAUGCCCCUAAUUACACAGGAGGAUGGCGUGGUCCAGCUCAUCAAACAGCCUGGAGCGACCCUUGAAGCUGGUGACAUUCUAGGGAUACUCGCUCUUGAUGAUCCGUCAAGAGUCAAGCACGCUCAGCCAUUCUCGGGUCAGCUUCCAGAUCUUGGACCUCCCCAAGUUGUCGGCACUAAACCUCCUCAGCGGUUUACUCUUCUGCACAACAUUCUUCUCAAUAUUCUCCUUGGAUUUGACAAUCAGGUUAUUAUGGCCUCAACCUUGAAGGAGUUAGUGGAGGUUCUCCGAGAUCCAGAAUUGCCGUACGGCGAAUGGAAUGCUCAGUCAUCCGCUCUGCACUCUCGCAUGCCCCAAAAGCUGGAUACUCAAUUUGACCAGAUCGUUGAGCGUGCUCAUUCCAGACAUGCCGAGUUCCCUGCCAAGCAACUUCAAAAGGCUCUGAAUCGAUUCAUCGAGGACAAUUUGAGCGGUGCCGACGCUGAAAUGCUGAGAUCAUCUUUGGCUCCUUUGUCGGCGGUUAUGGAUAGAUAUGCUGAUGGUCUUAAGGCGCAUGAGUUCGACGUCUUCACUGGUCUGCUGGACCAGUAUUGGCAAGUAGAAAAAUUGUUUUCGAGCAGUACUCUGCGAGAUGAAGACGUCAUACUCAAGCUCAGAGAAGAGCACAAGGAUGACAUCCAGGCCGUUGUGCAUACCGUACUGUCCCACAGCAAGAUUGGCGCCAAGAACAAUCUCAUCCUCGCAAUCCUGGAUAUGUACAGACCAAACCAGCCUGACGUCGGUAAUGUCGCCAAAUAUUUCCGUCCGUCUCUCCGCAGCUUGACCGAACUCGAGUCAAGGGCAACCGCGAAGGUUGCGCUCAAGGCACGCGAGCUCUUGAUUCAAUGCGCUUUACCCUCACUGGAAGAGCGUGCUGCACAAAUGGAGCAUAUUCUACGGUCUUCAGUUGUCGAGUCGAGAUAUGGCGAGACUGGCUGGGAUCAUCGUGAACCGGAUCUUGAUGUGCUCAAGGAAGUGGUUGACUCCAAAUACACCGUGUUCGAUGUUCUGCCACUAUUCUUCAGCCAUGCAGAUCCAUGGGUGUCGCUUGCCGCUCUCGAAGUGUACGUUCGCCGAGCCUACCGAGCCUACACCGUGAAGGAGGUCCAAUACCACAACGACGUUGAUCCUCCGUUCUUCAUCUCAUGGGACUUCAUCCUAGGAAAGGUGGGUCAAUCGGAGUUUGGUAUGCCUCUUGGCUCGGCCUAUCCAUCUGCGCCAAGCACGCCAACUUCAGGAGGCAACCCGUUCAAGAAGAUCAGCUCAAUCAGCGAUAUGUCCUAUCUCGUCAACAAAGAAACAGAUGGGCCGUCUCGAAAGGGUGUCAUCGUCCCUGUUCAAUAUCUUGACGAAGCCGAUGAAUCGCUUGCACGUGCAUUGGAAGCAUUUCCUCGAGCUGGUGCUAAGGGUCAAAGACCAAGCGCAAGCAGCCUUAUGCCCGAACUCAAUGGCAAGCGGAGACCAGCCGCCCCGCGUCUCGAGAAUGAGGACGAGCUUACCGGUGUAUGCAAUGUUGCCAUCCGUGAUGUUGAAGCGCUCGAUGACAACGAGAUUAUUUCCCGCGUCGCCAAAAUUGUUGCCGAGAACAAGGGGGAGCUUCUUGCGCGUCGUGUGCGUCGGUUAACCUUUAUUUGCGGUCACCGAGAUGGUACGUACCCGGGAUACUACACUUUCCGCGGACCUUCAUACGAAGAAGAUUCCAGCAUUCGUCACAGCGAACCUGCACUGGCAUUUCAACUUGAACUUGGCAGGCUGUCAAAAUUCAAGAUCAAGCCAGUCUUUACCGAAAAUCGCAAUAUUCACGUAUAUGAAGCCAUUGGCAAAGGUCCCGAAAGUGAUAAAGUUGUUGACAAGAGAUACUUUACUCGUGCUGUUGUACGACCUGGACGUCUAAGGGAUGAUAUUCCGACAGUCGAGUACUUGAUCUCGGAAGCUCAUCGACUGAUGAACGAUAUCCUGGAUGCUCUUGAAAUCAUUGGCAACAACAACUCGGAUCUGAACCACAUCUUCAUCAACUUCUCUCCCGUCUUCCCCCUCCAGCCGAAGGACGUUGAGGAGGCCUUAGCAGGUUUCCUGGAGCGCUUCGGCCGUCGUCUCUGGCGUUUGCGCGUCACUGGUGCCGAAAUCCGCAUUCUUUGUACCGAUCCCGUGUCUGGCAUGCCGUACCCGCUGCGUGUGGUCAUCACUAAUACUUCUGGAUAUGUUAUCCAGGUAGAAUUAUACAUUGAGAAGAAGUCAAAGACUGGAGAAUGGGUGUUCGAGAGCAUUGGUGGGACGACCAAGGUUGGCUCAAUGCAUUUGCGUCCGGUUUCUACACCUUACCCAACCAAAGAGUGGCUGCAGCCAAAGCGAUACAAGGCUCAUUUGAUGGGGACCCAGUACGUAUACGACUUCCCCGAGCUGUUCAGGCAAGCCAUUCAAUAUAGCUGGACCAAAGCUGUCGCCAAAUACCAGCCACUGGCCGAAUCACAGCCAGCACUUGGAGAAUGCAUCGAGUAUAGUGAAUUGGUUUUGGAUGACUCUGACAGUCUGGCCGAGGUUGCGCGCGAGCCUGGUACCAACAGCUGUGGUAUGGUUGGCUGGCUGAUCACCGCCAAAACUCCCGAGUAUCCACGGGGGCGACGCUUUAUCAUUGUUGCGAACGACAUCACCUAUCAGAUUGGCUCCUUCGGUCCACAGGAAGACAAGUUCUUCCACAAGUGCACCGAGCUUGCGAGAAAACUUGGCAUCCCUCGAAUCUACUUGUCUGCCAAUUCUGGCGCUCGUAUUGGUAUGGCUGAUGAGCUGAUCCCCCAUUUCUCUGUCGCCUGGAACGACGCUGCCCAUCCUGAAGCUGGUUUCAAGUAUCUCUAUCUUACACCGGAGAAGAUGAAGCAAUUUGGCAAGACCAAAGAAGUGCUCACCGAAAAGGUCAUGGACGAGGGGGAGGAGCGGUAUAAGAUCACGACGAUUGUGGGUGCAAAAGAUGGACUCGGAGUCGAGUGUCUACGAGGAUCUGGUCUUAUUGCUGGUGCUACCUCUAAAGCCUACGAAGACAUCUUCACGAUCACGCUCGUCACUUGCAGAUCGGUCGGUAUUGGUGCUUAUCUGGUCCGUCUCGGGCAAAGAGCCAUCCAAAUCGAAGGCCAACCGAUCAUCCUUACUGGUGCACCUGCUAUCAACAAACUUCUUGGCCGUGAAGUUUACACUUCGAAUUUGCAGUUGGGUGGUACCCAGAUCAUGUACAAGAAUGGCGUCAGCCACAUGACUGCAAACGAUGAUUUCCAAGGCGUGGAGAAGAUCGUUGAGUGGAUGUCUUUCAUCCCAGACAAGAAGAAUCAGCCCGUUCCUGUCAGUCCAUCCGCCGAUUCUUGGGAUCGCGACAUCCAGUUCUUCCCACCCAACCGACAAGCGUACGAUGUCAGACACCUUAUUGCUGGUAAAGAAGACGAAGAAGGCUUCCUGUCCGGCCUCUUCGACAAGGACUCCUUCCGCGAGUCGCUUGGUGGUUGGGCUCGCACUGUUGUGGUCGGUCGCGCUCGUCUCGGUGGUAUUCCCAUGGGUGUCAUCGCCGUUGAGACUCGAUCUGUCGAGAAUGUCACACCCGCUGAUCCUGCCAACCCGGACUCGAUGGAGCAGAUCACCAACGAGGCUGGUGGAGUCUGGUACCCCAAUUCCGCGUUCAAGACUGCGCAAGCCCUGAAGGACUUCAACCAUGGCGAGCAGCUGCCGGUGAUGAUCCUUGCCAACUGGCGUGGCUUCUCUGGUGGUCAGAAGGACAUGUACAACGAGGUGUUGAAGUAUGGAUCCUACAUUGUCGACGCGCUUGUCAAGUACGAGCAGCCGAUAUUUGUCUACAUUCCACCCUUUGGUGAGCUCCGUGGUGGCUCAUGGGUUGUGGUCGAUCCUACAAUCAAUCCUGAGCAGAUGGAAAUGUAUGCUGACGAAGACUCUCGUGGUGGUGUCCUCGAGCCCGAAGGUAUUGUCAAUAUCAAGUAUCGCCGCGACAAGCAACUCGAAACCAUGGCGAGGCUCGAUCCCACCUACGCUCAACUCCGCGCUCAGUUGGCCGACAAGGACCUGUCGCCAGAGCGGACCAGCGAAAUCAAGCUCAAGAUGACCGAGCGUGAAAAGACUCUUGGUCCAAUCUACAUGCAGAUUGCUCUCCAGUUCGCCGAUCUUCAUGAUCGCGCUGGCCGCAUGGAAGCCAAAGGGACAAUCCGCAUGCCACUAAGAUGGCAGAAUGCCCGACGGUUCUUCUAUUGGCGUCUACGUCGUAGACUGUCCGAGGAAGUGCUGCUCAAGAGACUUGCCGGUACUGCUGUCAAUGCUUCAACCAAUGUCACGUCAGCGGCGAACAAAGAAAGCAACCUCAACCUCCUCAAGUCGUGGACAGGCAUGCUAGACACGGAAUUUGACAAGGACGACCGCAAGGUAGCCGAAUGGUAUGAAAGCCACCGUAAGGAUGUCUAUAGCAAAAUCGACGCGGUCAAGACCGAAAGCAUCAGCCAGAAAGUCGCCGAGUUGUUGAUGAGCAACAAGGAGGGUGGACUUAAGGGAGUGAGGGAGGCAUUGAGUCUGGUGCCGACGAGCGAAAGGGAGGGACUGGUCAAGUACCUUACCGGGGUAUGA